UUUUUUUUUUUUUUUUUUAACCAUUUUUUGAUCAUUUUACCCGGUCGCUGUUUACUUGUAUAAAAUAUAUUUCUUUGUUAAGGAAGCCCAGGCACAAUGAGUUCCGAGAAAAACGCAACCACGCCAACCCCUGUGUUGUGCGAGAACAACUGCGGAUUUUACGGGAACCCUGCGAACAACAACUUGUGCUCAAAAUGUUACCGAGAAUUCCAAGAAAAGAAAAAAAAAGAAAUAUCGGACAUGGAAAAGAUAAACGAAAAAAACAUCACAGAAAAUUUGCAUAAUUACAAAAAAAUAAAUAGUCUAAUGGAACCAAGUUAUAUAAGCGAUAAAAAGAUGGAAGCGGAAACGUCGACAUUUGUGAAAAAUGAGAACCCCCUACCUGAGGAGCAGCAGCCUGCCUCCACCAACUUAAACAGUGUCGAAACGGACAACAACGAAAAUAAUGAUACUAACCAAAACGCAAGCGGAAGUAGCUCUAGCAACGCUGCUCCCAAUGUGACAGACGAACCGAGCAGCAGUAGCAACGUGAACGAAUCCGAGGACAAGAAAAAAUGCUUCUUCUGUUGCAAGCGUAUAGGACUUUUGGGAAUAAAGUGCAGAUGCAACCACUACUUCUGCUCUCUUCACAGAUAUGCUGAUGCGCAUAACUGCACGUUUGAUUAUAAAAACUAUCAUAAGCAACAGUUAAUAAAAAAUAACGUCAAGGUUGUUGCCGACAAAGUGAAGAAAAUAUGA